CAAACCUCCCUCCCUCUCCUUGUCGCAAGCCAUAGCAACUAGUCGAACAUCCCCCCUGUUUGAUUGAAUUCAUCUUCAUCCCCUUGGUAUCUACUCGGGACUCAUAUCUUAUUUCUCCAUCCCCUGGCCGUCCGGCCCUUUGCUCCGUCAUCUUCUCAAGCUGGCGCUUGGACCAUCCGUAUUGUCCGUGGCAUCAUCUUCUGGUUCGACUGACAGCAACUCCGCCUCGCUGUCUUGUCGGAAACGCACCUGAUAUCGUGGGGUAAACUUUAGAAAGAGGGGAGGCGUGCUCCUCCUGAGCUUCAAUCAUGGCUGACAAUGCGACACGACAACCGAAUCUGAACUUGACGCCGGAAGAGAAACGGAUCUUCUACCAGCUCUUCCAGGCCGCAGACACAACCAACCUUGGCGUCAUCACGGGCGAAAUUGCCGUCCCCUUCUUCGAGAAGACGAAACUCCCCCCGGAAUCUCUCGGUUUGAUAUGGCAGAUUGCCGACAAGGAGAACAGGGGGCUCCUGACCCCGGCCGGGUUUAGUGUUGUGCUGAGACUGAUCGGCCAUGCCCAAGCUGGCUUCCCGCCUACAGAGGAAUUGGCGCUGCAGCCCGGACCGCUGCCUAGGUUCGACGGCAUCGUAGUAGACACUUCCCCAGCUCCCCGUGAUGCGGGCACGACCAGCCCUCCCCCAAGUGCUGGCGGACCUAUUCGAGUGCCUCCCCUGAAUCCUGAUGAUGUCAACAAGUUCACAUCUUUGUUUGAGAAGUCGGACGUAAACAGAAGUGGGGUUAUUGCAGGCGAAACUGCAAAACAAAUCUUCGAACGUGCGAGACUACCAAACGAGAUUCUAGGCAGAAUAUGGAAUUUGUCGGACACGAAGCAACGAGGGGCCCUGGAUACGACCGAGUUCAUCAUUGCCAUGCACCUCUUGACCUCUUACAAAUCGGGCGCUAUGCGAGGUAUUCCCCAGACAUUGCCCCCCGGAUUUUAUGAAGCCGCAGCCCGAAGGGGUCCAGCUCGUUCCUCCGUUGGCUCCCGUCCGGGCCUUGAUGUUCCCCCUGUGCCCGCAAUUCCAAAACAGUUCACGGGCCCUCAGCGAACUCAGAGCCCAGUCAGCAGACCGCAAUUCUCGCCAUUGUCUGCGCAACCCACUGGCGGAGAUUGGCUCGUCACACCUCAAGAAAAGGUGCAUUACGAUGGUAUUUUCGAGACAGUUGACACGGCGAAGAUUGGCAUGAUUAGCGGUGACCAGGCUGUCGCAUUCUUUAUGAAUGCGCACUUGCCCGAGGAAACCUUGGCCCAGAUUUGGGAUCUUGCGGAUAUUGACGCGGACGGGCAGUUGACGAAAGAUGAGUUUGCUGUAGCCAUGUAUCUUGUUCGGCAACAGCGCAGCGGAAAGGGUCCGAUGCCACAGGCAAUCCCUCCCGCCUUGAUCCCUCCAAGCAUGCGCCCUCAGGCCGCUGGGCAGAUUGCUCCUGCUGCUGUGCCAGCCCCCGCUCCCGUUCCGGCUCCCGCUCCUGCUCCAACCCCACGGUCUGCUGCCGAUGAUCUUUUCGGACUCGACUCACUCGCACCACCCGCUCCAGUACAAUCUGCCCCUACCCAGAUACCCCAGUCCACGGGAGGCUCGAACACACCAUUCCAACCCCCGGGGUCACCAUCUAGGCCGGGUACAUCAACGACUUUCAAGCCUUUCAUUCCUUCCUCCUCGUUUGGGCAAAGUCUGCAGCCCCAAGUCACUGGAACUUCCUCUGGUGCCCCGCCCACUGUUCGAUCGCCUCCACCGCCAGCAGAUGACCUCCUUGGUGACAAUGACCCAGAGGAGUCCAAGAAGUUGACAACCGAGACUACGGACCUUGCCAAUCUUUCCAACCAGGUCGGUUCGUUGGCAAACGAGAUGCAGAAUGUUCAGUCGAAGAGGACAUCUGCGGAACAAAACUUGUCUCAGACCUCCCAGCAGAAGCGCGAUUUCGAGGCCAGACUUGCACAAGCUAGAACAAUGUAUGAGCAAGAGGUUAAGAACUUUAAAGCUCUCGAGGAGCGUCUGAAUGCUUCUAAGGCUGAGACCAACAAGCUGCAGCAAGAAUUCGCGUUGAUCGAUGGCAGCAGGCAGGAUCUGCAAAACCAAUAUGAUCAGUUGUCCGCUGCCCUGACUGCUGAUCAACAAGAAAAUGCAAGCUUGAAGGAGAAGAUUCGUCAGGCCAAUGCCAUUGUUGCCCAGCUAAAGCCAGCGCUCGAAAAAGCGCGGUCCGGUGCGAGACAGCAGAAAGGCCUUGUUGCUAUCAACAAAAAACAGCUUGCCACGGUAGAAGGCGAGCGGGACAAGAUCCAGGGGGAGAUUGACAGUGCUGAAAAAGAAGUCCACCCGGAGUCUGAUGAAGGCCCAGCUUCUGGAGGCGGUGCUCCGGCUGUCACCAGCCCUGCUUUAUCGACUGCCAGUAACACAAAUCCAUUUUUCAGAAGGACGGCCACGGGCUCUAGUGACAAUGUACUGUCCCCUCAAUCUUCGAACGACACCCGAAGUGCCUUUGAUAGCCUUUUUGGUCCAUCCUUUGGAUCUCCUUCAACUGCUACUCCCCCGCCUGCCACUUCAUUCCGUGCUGAAUCUCCUUCGGUGCCCCAGCAGAAUUCGGCCAAAUCUCCUAUCACCUCGGGUGCUCCAACACCCUCUGUGUCGCCACCACCCACUGCUCCCGUUGGGUCUGAGCCUCCACCUCCUGCCCAAUCCCGGCAGCUCACACCGAGCUAUCUUCCCUUUGGUGAUUCACAGUCGAUGACCUCUUCUACUAAGGUCUCGCCACCUGGCAGCAGAUUUGGAGGCCCUGACACUUCCGGGUUCGGUACUCCCGCAGAGGGGACUGCGGCUCGAUCCCCUUUCGAUGAAACGGAGGAGUCGCAGACGCGAUUCCCUGAAAUCCCGCCUAUUUCCACUGGGCAACCCGGAAGUGCCCUCUCACCUACUAGUACCGGCGAUGCUAAGCCAGCAGAGUCCAAGGAACAGAGUUUCGAUGAGUUAUUCGGCGGUAUAGCACGCCAGCGUUCUCCGUCGCAGAAGGCAAAUGAUUUCGAUGAGGCUUUUGCUUCCAUGAAGCAAGGCUCAGGGUCCGGUAAAGAAACCGAAGCAUCACCAGCCGCUGCUGGUGCCGGUGGCGAAUUCCCCCCAAUUCGGGAGAUCGAUGAUGACGAUGAUGAUAGCACGGAUGAUGAAGGGCCCAUGGGAUUCGAUGACAAUUUCACACCCGUUGCCCCGUCACAGCCCCACGAGGCACAGAAGGGUGCAUCGAUUGAUGCGUCUCAACUGGCGGCUUUCCCCGCCCCGGGAAUUGCAUCACCCUCGGGCCAGCCUCCUGAUGCCGGGUCUCAAAACAGUCCACCAAAGUACGAAGAAAGCGUCCCAAAGCAGGGGCCAGGUGAUGUGCCACCUGAAUUUAAUGGCCUUGUGCCAAAUCGUGCGGACCCUACGACUGCUCCCGAUGCUCCUCAUUCAGUGGAAUCAACAACUGGUGCCCCAGUUAUCAACGGCGAGCCACAGUGGGACAGUGCUGAUAAAGGAAAGGCGUCUGCUGGUGGAAACAAGACAGGGGCACCCGAUUUCGAAGCUGCUUUUGCUGGUCUCGAUCUAGCUCCGGCAAAGGAGGCUGAAGAUGAUGACUCUGAUUCCGAUGGACCUGAUCAGAAGACUACCGGGGAUUUCGACUUUUCGUUUGACUCUCCAUCACAACAGAAGGCCAUCACACCAAACCCUACCGGUGGAAAUGCGGCCUCGGAGUUCUUUAACUUCGACAAUAACGUCAACGGAUCCUCUCCAGGAGCCGGUGGUCAGACUGCGGCACCUCCAGCGGACCCCAAUUCCAAGCCCGAAGCCCAUGACUGGGAAGCUCUUUUCGCGCCCCUUGACAAUGUUGGUGCCUCCGGAAACGCGGCUACCCCAGCCAGUGAUAAGAAGGAGCCGGGCUGGGCGCUGAAGGGAGACCAGGAUGAAGAUGAUUUGAUCCUUCAACGAUUGACCGGCAUGGGUUUCCCCCGUGACGAGUCGCUCUCUGCCUUGGAGAAAUUCGAUUAUAACAUCGACAAGGCUGCCGACUUCUUGACUUCCAAGUCGUAGUCGUUAUUCACUAUUGCACAUACUUUUACUUGACCCGCUCUCAACGAUCUUUUUUCUUUUCCUUUCCUUUCUUAUAAACCCAACCUACGUCGAUUUCUUUGCAUAUUUCUUUUUGUCCAUGUAUAUUCCCAAGCGGUGCUACUCUGAUCUGUCACCUCAUACUACCCCAUGUAAUCUAGAGUCUAGGACGGGAGGGAAGAAAAGGGUGGGAUACGGAGAGAGUUCUCAUGAGAAGUUACCCGGGGAACCAACCUAGUUACUAGCCAGUCUAGUUUAAUUUCUCUAAUUAUCUAUAGCAUUCUAGCAUCUUGCCAUUUUGUAGUUAAACUGAUGCCAUUUGCGAACAAAGCAGUACGGAG